AUGGUAAAACUCGCCCAGUCCAUCAUUCAGCACGAAGAGUUUGAAAAAGCAGAAAAACAACUCGAAAAAAUUCUUGAGGAUCUCAAAAACAAAAAAGCGCAAUCAUCAAGCGCUUUGCAAGAGUUUAGAAAGAGAUAUGAAAUUGAAAAAACUGAACAUGACAAGCUCUUAAUUGAGGAUCGACAAAUUGAAAGAAGUUUCAAGACACAAUUCCAAAGAGACGUUCUCCAAGUGUAUUUUGCUUCAAAUCAGCAAUUACUGGCCCAACAAUACAAGAAACUCGCACAACAAAAAAAUCCGUCAGCAACUGGUGAUCUGCAAAAACUGCAACAUGCCAUGAAUAUGAAAAUGAAUGAAAUGAUGGAAAAGCUACAAAAACUCUUUAGAACUCGCAAGCCUCAGGGAACCACUGAAAACACCGAAAACAGUGCCACCGAGAGCAUUGACCCAUUUGCUGAUGUCGAUGCAAUGGAAGAAGCAAAGAAUAUUCCUCCACAAGAUCCUCUUGAAAAAGAAAAGUCCAGACCUAUCUUUAUUGCUGAUGAUGAGUUGUGGGAAAAGUUUUGGGAAAUUAGGGAGGCCAAAGUGGAAAUGGACAUGAAUGUGAGAGAAUCUCAAUUAAGGUUGGAGCAAAUGCAAGCACAAUUACAAAAACUUAAAGAAGAGGAUGCUGAGCUUGAAAAGGUUAUGAGUAGAGACAUGACUGAACUUACCGAGUUCCGAGAUCGAAUUGUGACAGAAUCCUACAACAUGGAUAAGAUAUUUAGAUUUAAGCAAGGACAAGUUGAAGUUGAGCAAGCUGCUGUAGUGACAGACUACUCAGACGCCAUUCUCAUUUUUAGAUCCACUGUGGAGGACCAAAAUCAAAAUAUUCGUCAACAAGGCCAAGAAAUUGUCAAGCAGCUCACCAAGAUGAAAGAUCUCAAAAAGAAAAUUCGAAAAAUUCAGUGGGAGAAUGAUCUCAUCAACUUUGACACUGAGGAGAUGAUGAUCAAAUUUAAGAGAUUGCAAAUGUUAAAAGUCAAGAAAGAAAUGCAAGAGAUUAUUAGGAUGGGUGGAGGAACAGAAGAAAAGAAGAAGAUGGAAAGAGCCAAAUUACAACGACAAAUCGACAAUGUAAAAACUGGAUUAGAAAAUGCCAUUGAGGAAAAGAAGCGAAUCCUCAAAAAGAUGGAAGAACUCAUGCACGUUCGUUAUGAAGAGAACACCAAUCUCAUUCGACAAAUUAAGAUUCUAGAGCAAGUGGUUGAGGAGAGAAAUCAACUCCACCAAAUUCAAGCAUCCACUAAUGAAAAGGAUAUGGCUGACAAACGUAUGAAAGAAUUGAGAUGGGAAAGAAAAUUGCAAGACAUUGCCAAUGAGCAGAAACGAGAGUUAGAAAUUCUAACAGAAGAACUCGAUCGAUUGAAGAAGAGAUCAUUCCCAAGUUUUGCUGUUGUCGAGAGAAGGAAAAUGUAA